AUGGUAAGAAACUUCAGAGGGGAAGCUGAGAUAGUGGUGUCUGCUCCAAGGUCCUAUGUUUGUUCUGCAUUCACAACAGAGUGCUAUGCCCUUAUGAGGGGUACUCAACUGUGCCAAGAAAUGAAUAUGCAUCAGGUGCUUUUCGAGGGUGAUGCUAAGCAAGUUGUUGAUGGGGUUAAGGGAUGCAAUUCAGAUCAAUCUUGGAAGGAUCAAUUGAUUGAUGAUAUACAAGUCCUAAUGUCUGCUCAAGCAGGGUGGGAUAUAUGCUUUGUAAGAAGAGAUGGAAAUAAGGCUACACAUAUGGCGACAAAACUAGGCUUACACUUAGAAAGUGAGUCUGUGUGGAUCGAGGAUGGUCCUCAAGAGGUUAUGUCUGUUAUUCAAUUUGAUAAGUCAUGUAUUCUUUGA